AUGCUGGAUUGGAUUGUGUCGGGUCUCGACACGUCGGACCUCGUCGUCCUCACACUUCUUGCCGGUGGAGCAAUCAUCUUCUUCGUCAUGAAGUUCCUCAAUCAGCAACCGUCGUCGAGCAGAUACUCUCCAACAGUGGCAUCAGUCACUCCGUCAACUGUCAUCUCAAAAUCGAAUCAAUCAUUCAUUGAUCGCAUGAAAAAUGAGAAUCGACAGGUGCUCAUCAUGUACGGCUCACAGACAGGAACAGCCGAAGAGAUGUCUGGCCGUCUGGCGAAAGAUCUGACAAGAUACUCGAAGAAGGCGGUCGUCGUGGAUCCAGAAGACAUUGAAUGCGAGGAUUUGAAUCGUCUCUCCGAAAUCGAAGACGCCCUUCUCGUUCUGUGUAUCGCCACGUACGGAGAGGGUGACCCGACGGAUAACGCCGUGACACUAGUCGAAUAUUUGAAUGCGGGCGAUUGUGAUCUGUCGGGAGUACGGUUCGCCGUGUUUGGACUCGGAAAUAAGACUUAUGAGCAUUUCAAUGAAAUCGGCAAGCAGAUGGAUCAACAGCUCGAGAAACUCGGAGCCAAGAGGAUUUUCCAUAUGGGAUUGGGAGAUGACGACGCGAAUCUUGAGGAGGAUUUCAUGAUUUGGCGGGAGGCAUUCUUGCCGAAAGUUGCCGAGGAAUUCGGAUGGGAACUCAAUACGGAGGCGGAGACGAUGCGGCAGUAUCAAAUGGAACCGGUUGAGGAGGGCAAGGCGUUGUUCAAGGGAGAAUUUGGAAGACUUGGAGCUUAUGAACGUCCGCGGCCUCCGUUCGAUGUUAAGAAUCCGUAUUUGGCGACGAUUGCGGUGAAUGAUGAGUUGCAUACGGAACACUCGGAUCGCAGUUGUAGACAUAUUGAGUUCUCCGUCGAAGGAUCCCGAAUCCGAUACGAAGCUGGUGACCAUCUAGCCGUCUUCCCAACCAACGACCCCAUCCUCGUCGACCGUCUCAUCUCAAUGCUUGAAUUCGAUCCAGACCACGCGUUCCGUCUGGUCAACGUCGACGAAGACGCCUCGAAACGUCAUCCAUUCCCGUGUCCAACCACUUUCCGUACCGCCCUUUCUCACUACGUGGAUAUCUGCGCCCCAGUGAAAUCUCAUGUCCUCAAAGCGAUCAGUGAGUACUGUUCGGAUGACGGCGAGAAGGAAUUUUUGAAUAAAUUGGCGACGGCCAACGAGGAAGGAUUGAGAGAAUACGCACGAUACAUUGUCAAAGAGAGGCGAUCCAUCGUCGACGUGUUGACUGAUCAGAAGUCAUGCAAACCGCCCAUCGAAUAUCUUCUCGAACUGCUGCCACGUCUUCAGGCUCGCUACUACAGUAUCGCCUCGUCGCCACGUAUCAAUGAGGAGAAGAUUGCAGUGUGUGCUGUGGUGACAAAGUAUACGAUUGGUGACCGAUUGAUUAAUGGAGUUUGUACCAGAUAUUUGACUACGAAGGACGCCGGUUCCAAAUCGCCCGUCUUCGUGCGUAAAUCGACAAUGCGCCUUCCCCAUCGUACCUCGACUCAAGUCAUCAUGAUCGGUCCCGGCACAGGAUUCGCGCCAUUCCGUGGAUUCCUCCAAGACCGUCAAUUCCAUAAGAAUGCUGGAAAAGAAGUGGGAGCGAUGCAUUUGUAUUACGGAUGUCGUCAUCCCGAUCACGAUUACAUCUACAAAGAGGAGUUGGCGAAAUUCCAGGAGGAUCAAGUGUUGACUCAUUUGGAGUGCGCCUUCUCGAGAGCUCAAGAGAAAAAGAUCUACGUGCAAGACCGUCUCUGGGAGACACGUGACCGUAUCUGGGAAGCCAUCAACAACGGAGCUCACGUCUACAUCUGCGGAGACGCUCGAAACAUGGCUCGUGACGUUCAGGCGACACUUCAGAAGAUAUUCAGAGAGAUUGGAGGAAAAACGGAGACGGAAGCAGUCGCCUAUUUCAAGGAUAUGGAAAAGACGAAGAGAUAUCAAGCCGAUGUUUGGUCAUAA